UCUCUCUAGCUUUGUGACGUGGUUCCUCAGGCUGGUGGGAGAAGAGCUGGAAAGAAACCCACACGUGAACUGGAUCAGCAUGCUUCAACGUUGGCUCCACACAGGACUUCUGGUAGCUCUCGCUGUUUCUUCUCCAGAUGUCCCAACAAUCUGAAAUCAUUGGAGGAAGUCACUCUGCUCCAAUCUUCUGCUGAAUUUCAGUCUUCCUUGAUGUUGUCCAGGGCUCCAUCCAAAAGUCUCCACACUGUGCAUAGUCCCACCACCUGCUGUUGAUUGCCAGCAAGCUCUGCACCGGUGCCAACGUGCUCCUGUAGACACUGUCUUCAAGCUUGCUGGACCCUUUUGGAUGUCCUGAAACUUCUGCUCUGCAGCUGAACAUCUCAGCUGAUCCAGAAAACGUUUUUUUCUGUGUGAGUGAUGAUAGCUGAGGCUUUUCUUUGAGGUAACUGUUUCUAACACAAGAAGCAGAUUUUAGCCCAUCUGCUCCUCUGUUAUAGCAACCAGUCUGAUACUUCGAUCGAUGGAGGAAUGAAAGCUAAAACUUCAAAGAUUGCGAGAAACGAUCUGUGUGUGAAAAACAUUCAGCAAAGCCAGUUUUAUUAUGUAGAAAUGACUUCAAACUGUUAAAAUAUCAACUGUGCCACCGUGCAGCUGGAUUUGGUUCAACUAAAAUUACAGAUUGUAACUGUCUGGGAAACUUCUCAUUUUAAUUAUAAUUAUAAAAAUGAAAAGCAAAACAGAACCUUGCUACCUUUCUGACUUGUAGACCAACUGUUGGGACCAAAAGAAUGCUUGGUAACCAGCUUAACCAGUUUUUGUGGAAAAAAAUAUGGGUUUAAAUGAUGAUUUAAGAGUUUAUUUAUGCAUGAAAAUGCAACAAACGUUGCCCAAUUUCAGAUCUUUAUCAGAACCAGGGCCGGUUCUAGGUAUGCAUAUAUGAGGGGCAGGCAGAAAAGUGAGGGAGGCAACAUCCUGCGUACACAUUACACUCCAGUAUGUUUAUUGUUGUUGAUUAGUGGGAUCUUUAUGGGUUGGGGAAACUGUACUGUACAAUUUGACACACUGAACUGGUUUCCCCCCAGUUGGGCUUCUUUGGAAAACGUUGGGCUGGAAAAAAAUAGCUUUGGGCCAGUUGUCAAAAUUUGGGCUUCUUUUCAGAACAUUUGGAGGGUUUUUAGAAAUUUUUUGUGGGGAAAUUUGAUCAAAAUAGUUUACAUUGUGUGGUAGAAAAGUAAAAAGUACACAUGUAAAAAUCUCAGAAUCAAUCAGCGAUGGUCAUUGGUCAAUUGUAAGCGUCCAUAAUGCUGUUAAGGGUUCAUCUAAUAUUUACUGAGGUGAGGCCUUUACUUUAAGCUUUGACUUGAUGCUCAGAGAGAGAUUCACGCUGAAGAGGAAAAUAGAAAAGAUAUCCAGAAAGCUAAAACCAGACUAGCAUCACAACUGGACCUGGUGCUGGUCAGAACAUCCACAGACAUGUUUGGACGCAGCUGCUCAAGCCAGUAAAAAAAAUGAUUUAUAAAAUAAAAAUAAAAAACAGGACAUAUUUAUUCUUUUAUAACCUCUAUUUUCUUGGCGUUAUGCUGCAAAAUAUUGAAAUGAAAUCAAUGUUCUGGAUCGUAAUCAAAAGAGUGAAUCAGGUGAGAGUUAAAACUAAAUCUGAUCAGUUUGUUUCUGCGUCACUCAACCAAAAAGUGAUCUAAGGCUUGGUUCUGUUUCUGUGUUUCUCGGGGAGCUGAGGAGGAGAGGUGGACCUUAUAAAACGGACCCAGCCACAGACCUGACCCGCUGGAGGCUGACUAAUGUGGAGGGCCGGCAGACCUGGAGCUAUGUGGAAGAUCAUGAGACCCCCGACAGAGAGCAGACCAUGCUGGAAGUUCAUUCUCUGGGCCUGGACACCGGCGGCUUCCCCUUCAGCACCCGUGACUGUGGUUGGAUCGUGGCCGACUGCACAGCUGAAGGUCUGAAGUCAUUGAUGCUGCUGCAGGAGCUCUGUCCCUCCAUCAGACAGCCAAUCACCUCACAGCGUUUAUAUGAUGCCGUCAAUGUGCUGCUGAGCAUGAAGAACAGAGACGGUGGAUUUGCCACAUAUGAAACUAAAAGAGGAGGAAGACUCCUGGAGCUGCUGAACCCCUCUGAGGUGUUUGGUGACAUCAUGAUAGACUACACGUAUGUGGAGUGCACCUCUGCAGCCAUGCAGGCUUUGAGGCACUUCCAGAAGGUUCAUCCUGAUCACCGCACUGAAGAGAUAAGGUCCACUCUUAGAGAAGGUGUUGAGUACUGCAGGAGGGUGCAGAGGACUGAUGGAUCCUGGGAAGGAUCCUGGGGAGUUUGCUUCACAUACGGAACGUGGUUUGGUCUUGAAGCCUUCGCUUGUAUGGGUCACACCUACAAGAGCAAAGAUGUGCCGGUUGAGGUGCAGAAAGCCUGUCGGUUCCUGCUGGAGCACCAGAUGUCCGAUGGAGGCUGGGGGGAGGACUUUGAGUCGUGUGAGCAGCGGCGCUACGUCCAGAGCAGCGCUGCUCAGAUCCACAACACCUGCUGGGCUUUAUUAGGACUCAUGGCCGUUAGACAUCCUGACCAUCAGGCCAUUGAGAGAGGAGUUCAGCUGUUGAUUGAUAAGCAGCUUCUCAAUGGAGACUGGCCUCAGGAAAACAUUUCUGGUGUGUUCAACAAGAGCUGUGCCAUCAGUUACACCUCCUACAGAAACGUCUUCCCGAUCUGGACCCUGGGACGCUUCUCCAAGCUUUAUCCCAGCAGUCCGCUGGCUGGGAAGCUGAAGCUGUGACCGCCUGCAGAUUAACAUCUGACCACAUUCAGACGUUUUCUUUCAUAGUCCAUUAGGACAUUUUUAUGGUUAGGGUUGUACCAGAUAUUAUAGUGAUCAGUCAGAGUCACUGAUAUUAGUGGAAAGGAAGACGAUCCAUAAACCAGUUCCUUAUGUGCCAGAUGCUGCCAAAACAAGACAGAGUCUCUGAUGCCCGGGUCCUCAGGAGGUCUCUGUUCCUUCGUUUACUGUUUAUCACAGCAAUUAUUAAAAAUAAUUAUUAUUUUAGCUUCAGUUUUAUAGCUGAAGUUUCCCCACAGCUUUAAUGGUUUGUUCCAUUUACCCUGGAAGGAAACUGGGAAUGAUGUCAGUCAGCCAGUAUGGUGGAAGUCCUGUGAUCAUGCUAACGCUAAUAUCUAAUGUCUAAUAACAAUGUUUUAUUGCAUUUAUGAAUCUAAACACUGCAACAACAUGAUUACCAACAGAUGCUUUACAGUGUGAAGUAACUAUGUGCCUUAUUUUAUUAAAUCAGUCAGAAGUCUAAUAAACUACAGGUCCUUCUCAAAAUAUUA